AUGAACAAGACUUCAUUCCGUACCGAAUGGGAGAAUCCGACCUUGAUGCAGGUGGCCAACGGCAGCACCUCCUUCACUGCUAAACAACAUGUCAUCCAACUGCCGCAAGCAAACCAGUGGGUGUCCUUUGUGGUCCAUUUGCCCUUCACCCAGGACCACCCGAUGUAUCUUCACGGUCACGACUUCUUGAUUCUGGCAUCCGGAUACGGUGACUUUGAUUCCAGUUCAAUCACCCAGUCGUCUCUCGUUAAUGCGCCGCGACGGGACAUUGCCAUGCUGCCCGCCAGUGGUUACUUGGCCAUCGCAUUUCGGACUGACAAUCCCGGCGCUUGGUUAAUGCACUGCCGUAUCGCCUGGCAUACCUCAGAGGGUUUCGCCGUGCAGAUUCUUGAGCGUAAAUCGGAGAUUUCUAUCGACCGCACCCAGCUGCAUUCGACUUGUAUAAACUGGAAUAAGUAUGUUGCCGCCAAGGAUGUGGGCCAACAUGAUUCUGGGGUUUGA